AUGGCGACGAGGCUCUAUAGCAAUAGCAAUAGCAUGAAAAUACAGAUAAGGCGCGCACAUGAGGGAUCCAAGAGAGAGCCCCCACAAACAACAUCCACAAAGUCAGCCUAGCUAAUUGUAAGUUGGAACAAAUAUACACCAUAAACACCAACUAGUUAUAUUUUUCCCUUUCAAAAUUAUUGUUAGUUUGUCAUCGACGUAGAUAGUAGGUUUGGAUGCAUAUAUAUACUUGUUAGCACACAUGUAGCAGCAGUAGCCCGUAGCAAUAAUAUAAUUUGUACAAUAAUAUAGCAAUUAAUAGAGAUAUAAGCUUUGUUGAACUCUCCAUCACAUGAAGAGAUAGGUAGACAUUGAUGAUAAAGUCGAAGAUGAUGCGGCUUUGGGUGGGCUGUGCUCUGUUAGCGUCCUUAUUCCCGGAGCUCUCAACUUCUUCUCCGGAGUCGUUCAUAUACGUGGGGUGCACCCAGCUCAAGUACAACCCGGGCAGCCCCUACGAGUCCAACCUCAACUCGGUGCUGGCCUCGCUCGUCAACUCAGCCUCCAUGUCCACCUACAACAAUUUCAAGAUCGACGGCGUCUACGGCCUGUUCCAGUGCCGCGGCGACCUAAGCAACUCCGACUGCCACAGCUGCGUGGCGAAUGCAGUGUCGAGGAUAGGAAGCUACUGUAUGGGGACGUGCGGAGGCGCCUUGCAGUUGGAGGGCUGCUUCGUCAAGUUCGACAACACGUCGUUCGUGGGCGCCCAAGACAAAACUGUGGUGUGGAGUAAAUGCGGGGCGCCCGCUGGUGCGUAUGAGUGGGACUUGGAGAGUCGAAGGGACGCGGUGCUGGCGUAUCUGGGCGGCGGCGGAGGGCAGUAUUUUCGGGUGGGUGGAUCCGGGAAGGUGCAGGGCAUGGCCCAGUGCGUGCAGGAUCUGAGCACGGGGCAGUGCGGGGAUUGCUUGUCGGAGGCGAUCCAACGCCUCAGGACAGAGUGUGCCACGUCUUCCUGGGGGGAUAUGUUCUUGGCCAAGUGUUACGCUCGCUACUCUCUCUCUCAGACUCAGACCGCCGCCACCGGCUACACGACUGAUUCCAAAAGCGAAAGCGAUGAAAAUGAUGAGACAGAGAAAACACUUGCUAUCAUUAUAGGAGUUAUAGCUGGUGUUACCUUACUCAUUAUUUUCCUCUCUUACUUGAGUAAAAGUUUAAACAGCGAAGGUAACUCUCUCUCUCUCAUAGUUAGAGUGACUGGAAAUGUUUGACAACUAAAAAAUAGCUGAAUGUUUACAUUGUAACUCAGAUGGUACGUAAAUGAGGAGUCGGAACGGAAAGUGUUAUCUGAUCUGGUAAGUUGCUUUGGCUUGAUCUGGUGACUGCUUUUCUUUCUUUUUAUUAUUUUCUUUUCUUUGCUUUAACUUUGGUGCAGUUUGGACCCCCAAAGAAAGCUUAUACACCAAGUUGAUGUACAUUCAUAGUGCAAUAAAACAAAAGUAAAAGAGGCAAAGAUUCCCACGCUCAAUACCACUUUAAUUUUCCCUGUUGCAGACUUGCGUCUUGACUCAUUGUGUAUAAAUUAAAAAAGCGUUGUUUCCUAUAUAUACACCAAUACCAAUGAUGUUGUAAACCAUGAAAUUAAAAGUGAUCAGUAAUUAAUAUGCGUACUAUAGAAUCACAAAGAUUCUUGAUUUCCGUAGAUCCAUCAUCAUAUGAAUGCUCUUGGUGAAUAAACCAUGAAAUUAAAAGUGAUCAGUAAUUCUCUGAUUUUUACAGAGUUUUA